CGUGUUUUCCAAAUGAUGAAUAUUGCCAUAUUUUCAAUAAUAGAGGGUACUUGCAGUUAUGUCAGUCAGUGACCCCUUGUUGAAACGUCUAAAGGGAUUUGUUUUAGAAUUCAGAACAAAGAAUAUUGUUGUAACAGAUGAUAAUGAAGAUCUAGCAAAAUUAUGUUGUGUGCUGGAGGAAAUAUUUCAAAAAGGAAUUAAAAAAUCCAGAUGGUUUGACAAGAGUGACUUUUUCUGGUCUUGGGUGGCAAAAAUACCAUCUUUUUCAAAGGAAAGAUGCAAUCCAAUACUUUCGAUGGUAAUUGACACUGUCAAAGACUCAAAGAAGGUGACACAUGAUCUAGGCCGAGGUCGUUUAUUUAUCCGAUCAGCAUUGAUGAAGAAAAUGCUGACGGUACCAGUACAAAUAAUCUCCAAAAACCGACAGCUAGCUAAGGAAGUGUAUUAUGAAAAUGACAGUAUUCUGGGGAACGAAAUUCUUGCAGAAAUUCUACAGUCACUUUUGUUUGAGUUGACAGAGGCAAACUUCCAGCUGAGAAUUCAUAAUGCAAGUUUCCUGGACAAGACAUGGAAUUUGCCUAUUUACAGGCAGUAUGAACUUGUACCUUGUGACAACCUUGGACUUCAUGUGCAAUACAUCAAUGGGUUUUUAUUGGUGAAAGCUGUAGAACCAGGGAGUGUAGCAGAAGAAAAUGACAAAAUCCAUGCAGGUGAUAUUAUUGAUGAGCUCUGUGGUGAGACACUAAGAGGAAACAAAAUGUCUGCUGCUCACAAUAUUCUGCAAAAAUACAAAGGUCUUCCUCUGCAUGUCCAUGUAGUCAAGGGAUUUGAUAGCCAAGGUAAUUUGUACAAACCAAUACAACACCUGAUAGAGGAUGCAGACAUCGACAUCACCACCGCAGAAGAACUCCUACAGAUCAAAAAGAGUUCCAGCAACGGCUACAAGAAACCACCGCAUACCAUACUCAGUGAAGAAGAUGCCGAGGAGCUCCCAGUCCAUGGCUCAGAGGGAGGGGCAACAUAUGAAGCCCAUUAUCUCGGCUAUGUUCCACUUGGAAUAGAUGGAAGAGUGGUCAGAAUUGAGGAUUCUGUUCUGGGGGUACUGAGGAACCACACCCAGAGAGUGCCCGUGAGGAUUGAACUUACAGAGAAAGACGUACUGGUUGUUGACAAAAAAGAUGACAAGAUUUUACUGCAGCAUGGCUACACAGAAAUUUCAGCUUGUGGUCGAAGGACAGACCAGCUCCAACAUAUUGCUUACAUUGCAGGAGAAACAACAUGCAGCCUAGCCAAAAAGUUCAACUGUUAUGUUUUUGAAGCAAGAACAAAUGAGGAGGCUCGAUUUGCUCUCUGUGCCAUUGCUCAAGGUUUUGAAAGAACACACCUGCUGUUGUGAACAAAGAAAAACAAUUGUGCUUCCACCCAAAAUAUAUUUAAACUUUUUUCUAUUUUUGUUACUUGUUGCUAGACUUGGUUGUGGUGUAUUGUUAUAUUUUGCAAUAUUUAAUCUUUUUAUCUAUUAUUUUGUGAAAAUGGUGCUUUUUUGGUUUUUGUUUUUGUUUCCUGUUAUUAAAAUGAUUUAUUGACAUGGUUAAGAGAAUAUAUUGACCAGGAAUGUGUUUGAUUUUACAUAUAAUAUAGAUGUCAACUACUCUCCUUAAAUGUGUACAACAGAACAAGCAAAGAAAAGUUUUCUUCCAUAUUUAGGUUUUUUUUUAUUAAAGGUUGUCUGUUCCUGAUUUAUUUGCUUGCAUGUAUAUUGUGUUUGUAUUUUAUCAUUAAUAAGAGAAGUAUUCUGAAACAAAGCAACAGUUUUGUUAGAAUCAGUUGUCUACUGGAGCUUAAAUGACAUUGCAUUUAUAAAGUUUAUUCAGUGCUUGUAAUCUGUCCUCAAAUCAUAGGAAUCAAUGCAAUACCCAAGUCACACAAUUUCACAUUGUAUUAAAGAACAAGCCAAUGUUAUGUAUCUGCUGAUAGAAGUUUUAUUUAUUUUCAUAUAUUACAGAAUUUUAAUUACUGUAUUAUUUUCAUUGAUGAAAUACCUAUAUAUAUAUGUAUGUGAAAAGCAUUCAUAUGCUCAAAAACUUCAAGUUUUGAAUAGCUGGCAGGUUUUCUCUAGUUGACAGUUGGUACAUGAACUUUGUAUUAACUAAAUAUACACACAAUGGUGGUUGUAAACAACAUACAGUUGAACUUCGUUAUCUUGAACACAGAUAACUCAAUACCAGAGAUAUGUCAAAGUGAGUUGGCAGUCCCAACCACGUUUUUUUUUUUACUGUCCUUAUCGUGAAUCCUCAGAUAUCUUGGGGUUUAAUCUUGGUCCUGUCAAGUUCAAGAUAAUGAGGUUUGACUGUAAUAUUUUCGGUUUUAUGUCCUUGGGCUUGAAGGAUCUCACUGAAUCUCAUAUAUGUACUGAAGUACAGUUAUGCACAAGAAAACUUAAUUUUCAAAUAUGUUUAACUUUUACAAUUAUGACAUUAAAUGCACUCAUGAUAAAAGGUUAUGACAUUUUUGUGGGAUAUUAAGAAUAUUCAUGUAGCAAUAUUUCACUUUAUAUUAAGAAUACGUGCACUGUUUAUAUGCUAGUAUGAAGAACUAUUGUUACAUAUUUUUUAUAUAUUUAAAUCUUUUUGAAAUGUUGAUGUUGUAUUUUAAUUGUUAUAUGAGAAUCAAUAUUGAAGAAAAUCUUUAAGGUGCUAUAAAUGUAAGUUAUUCUGCAAGCAUGAGGAAAAAUAUUCAAAAUGAAUUGGGGAGAAAAAAAAUUCUUCCAUAAUCUUUUUUUUUACAUGCAAGCAGAUAUUUCUUAAAAGUGAAGGUUGUAAUUAAAAGUAAGAAAAAAUUUGACUGAGCAUUUAGUGAAGGAAAAUAAGAGGCAGAUCUGUUCAAUUAAGCAUAUACAAUGUACAUGUACUUCAAACGUACCUGUAAUUUUAGCACCUUUCCCUCUGCUCUUUAUCCAAUAAUUCAGUGCUUGUACACACUAAUUUAUGAUUAAAACUAAUACAUGUCCUUUAUAAGGCUCAACCAUGUGCCCAUUUAAAAUUAUUUUUAUCAGAUGAAGAGGAAAAUUGCACUAAAUUUAGAGU